AUCGCAGAGCCCUCUCUCUCAUAGACGAAGGAAAAGCAAAAGAUGGAUUUGCAAGAAGCGAUGAAUAAGCAAAACGACUUCGCUCUGUUCCUUGCGGGGAAAGUAAUCUCUGCCGAAGCCAAAAGCUCUAACUUCGUCUUCUCUCCGGCAUCUAUCAACGCCGUACUCACCAUGGCUGCUGCUACCUCCGACAAUGAAACACUAAGAUCAUGCAUCCUCUCCUUUCUUAGGUCUUCUUCCACCGACGAACUCAACGCCAUAUUUAGUAAAAUCGCUUCAGUACUUGUCGACGGAAGCAAAGAAGGUGGGCCAAAAAUCGCGUCGGUUAAUGGAGUGUGGAUAGAGCAAUCACUUCCGUGUAGUCCCAAGUCGAAGGAUCUCUUUGAGAAUUUCUUCAAAGCUGACUUUGCUCAAGUUGAUUUCCGAUCCAAGUUUGAAGAAGUACGUAAGGAGGUGAAUUCUUGGGCUUUACGUCACACCAAUGGCCUCAUCAAAGAUCUUCUUCCUCCUGGAUCCGUUUCAAACGAAACCAUCUGGAUUUAUGGAAACGCCUUGUACUUCAAGGGAGCUUGGAAAGACAAAUUCGACAAAUCAAUGACAAGACACAAACCUUUUCACCUUGUUGAUGGCAAACAAGUACUUGUGCCUUUCAUGCAAAGCUAUGAAAGACAAUAUGUAAAGGCUUACGACGGUUUCAAGGUCCUUAGACUGCCAUACCGACAAGGCCAUAAUGAUAUCCAAUUCUCAAUGUGUAUCUAUCUCCCGGACGAGAAAGAUGGACUGGAUAACCUUGUGGAGAAAAUGGCAUCUACUGAUGGAUUCUUGGACUGUCACAUUCCAAGUUGGAGAGUUAGAGUUGGUAGAUUCAGAAUACCAAAGUUUAAGAUUGAAUUCGGGUUUGAAGCUUCCAGAGUUUUCAGUGACUUUAAACUUAAUGCGUCACUAUACCAAAAAGCUUUCAUUGAGAUCGAUGAAGAAGGUACUGAAGCUGCGGCUGCUACUGCUCUACUUGGCGCUUCUGGAUCCAGCGCUUAUAUGCCUCCUCCACCGAUAGAUUUUGUGGCAGAUCAUCCAUUUUUUUUCUUGAUUAGAGAAGACAAAACCGGAACAGUUUUGUUCGGUGGUCAAGUCUUCGAUCCAGCCUUUGGUAGCUCUGACACUGGAGGUGAUUUUAGUGCAUCUAACACUCCUGCCCUGGUGCCAUCAAAUACCACAUAUUUUGGCUCUUCCCCUGCUUUUGGAUUGCCUACCUCAGUAAUUGGUAGGAGUAUCUUUGAUUAUACACAGUCUCCCUUUAGAGCGCAAGGUGCACAGGCUUGGACCCCAGCAUUUGGGGGUAGAAGUGUCUUCCCUUAUGCAGAGUGGGGCACUGGUAACGAGCCUGCUGAGAGGCUACAAUCUAUAUCUGCCAAUAUGCCUCCAUACAUUGAAAAAAACCAUGAGGAGCUUAGGUGGGAGGACUACCAGCGAGGAGAUAAAGGUGGAGAAUUUCCUGCUGGAAGUUCUCAGCCAUCAGCGUUUGGUCAGACACCUGCAAAUCCAGCAAACCCCUUUUCAAGCUCAACAGCCACAAACUCUUUUGCAACAAACACAUGGCAGCCAUAUGGUUCAACUCCAGCAUUUAGCAUUGAUGGAAAUUUUAACAACAGUCAGUCGUCUCCGGAGUUUGGUUCUAAUCCAUCAUUCCAACAUAGUUCUCUGUUUGGACGACAGAGUACCACUCCUGCAGAUUUCAAACUCAAAAGGCAAGACUCUGAAGACAAAAGAGUAACUCAAAAGGCAGUGAAAGAGACAUAUCAACUCUGAAUUGGUUUAUUUUUGGAGUUACACCCCUAACUUUAAAAAGCCCAUUCGAAAGUCAUCAAUUACUUUUCCAUCUGAGAGAAAAAGGAACAUUUUUUGUUCGUAUAUAUAUCUCCAAAUUUUUCAUUUAAAAAUAGUAAUU